GUUUCUUUUACUACCUAGGUAUAUUUCUAAAUUCUAUUACAAUGGCUGUGGAGACCCAGGAGCUUGAAGUGUUUUACGAUGAAGGAUGUGUGGUGUAUGAAGCAGUGUGGGGUGAGCAUAUGCAUUCAGGUUACUUCGAUGCUGACAACACUCGCGACUUUCGAGUGGCACAAAUCCGAAUGCUCGAGGAGCUCUUGGCCUGGGCAGGAGUACCGGGCGAUGACCAAAGCCGGCCAAGGAACAUUCUGGAUGUCGGCUGUGGAUUUGGAGGGACAUCUCGGUAUCUAUCCAAUAAGUACUCCGCGAAUGUCACAGGAAUAGCAUUGAGUGAGUACGAGAUUGCCAGAGCCAGAGCCAUUACAAAGGCGGAGGGUGUUUGUGACAAGGUGGCAUUUCAAGUGGCAGACGCUUUGAGUUUGCCCUUCGAAGACAACCAGUAUGAUCUGGUUUGGUGCAUGGAGUGUGCCGAUCAUAUCGCAGAUAAACUCAAGCUAAUGCAAGAGAUGACGCGCGUGGCCAAGCCUGGAGGCUGGGUUGUGCUCACAGGAUGGUGUCAUCGAGAGUUUACCCAUGGCGAGACUUCACUCAAGAAGCAUGAGCUGAAGAUUCUAGACAAAAUCCGCGCAGCAUAUCUUCUUCCACCUUGGUGCCCGACAUCUGAAUAUAAAAUUAUAGCAAUCGACUCAGGUUUGCAGGAGGUAAAUGUGGAAGACUGGACACGGCACAUGCUUCCAUUUUGGGGUCUGCUCACUGCAGAAAUCUUUACCUUAAGAGGUGCAUUCAAGAUUUUGACAUCAGGAUGGGCACAUCUUCGUGCAAGUAUAUCCUUGGCAUAUCACUUCUCCUACAUGGACAAAGGAUUCAAGAGUGGCGUUUUCAAGUAUGCUGUGGUCAUGGGAAAGAAAGAUAAAAAUUAGUUCCAGUAGCAGGAUACUUGCCUCCUUUAUUAUCUGUUGUGAUUCAUAAAGGUCAAUCACAAAUGACAAUUGACAAAGCAAAUCAUCAAUAAUAAUUCAUUAUUUCUUA